AAAAUGCCGGAUAGGGGAGCAUACUAGCAUAACUAUUAACCUUGAACGCCUUUUUUCUCUUCAUGUUUUUCACUUUUAUUUUCUUUGAGCGUGAUCUGAGGGAGUUGCGCAACUUUCUCAGGCAAAAUUGCCGCUGGAAGCACGCAUCAAUUUUGCAAGUGGUAAUUUUUCACGUUGACUUUUCCUUUGCAGUGACACCCAACUUGUAUCUAUUUCUAAUUUACUAAUGGAAGAAGCGAGUGGCUUCAGCCUUUGCAAUCCAGAGGACAAAUUUGCCAUUGUUGUGCACGGAUGGAAGGAAAGCUGCGAUACGGAGUGGGUGCCUCAAAUGGUAUCAAAUCUCACUGUCUUCCGAGGCGGCUGCAUCAUCUGCAUGGACUACGGCGUCUACGCCAGCGCUGAACGCUACCUUCGGCUCUUUCGUCAAUUUGACCCCAUAACGGAGGUCUUAGCUGGAAAGUUACGGCUCAUGGAGUCCAUGGGUUUUGACCUUGGUCAGGGUUUCAUUUUUGGUUUCAGCUAUGGAGGCCACGUGGCUGUGGAGGCGUCGAAGAGGGUGGGGGUCCGACGUCUGGAGGCCAUAGACAUUUGUGACAUUGCUGGCCCUGCCUUUGACUUUCGAAGGGCUCACAUUGACCAUCGGUCGGCAGCUAAGAAUGUCCAGUGUGUCCAUACGAGUAGGGACAAGGGCUCCAGGCACACAACGACCUGUCAUCAAAAUUGGAAGAUGGGUACCUGUGGAUGGUUUCAGACCGCAGCGGCGGAUCCUCCUAAGGGAUCUCAUGGGCUAUGUCCCUACUUCUACCUCAGUGCCUUUACCAAUGACUUUUUGGCUGUUCCUAAGCCCAUGGGAUGCAUGGCGCGAAAAUUGGCAACCCAUUGGCCUUCUGGAUUCAAGAUGGGCUACAAUGAAUAUAGGAAGUGGAAGGUUCAAGGUGAACUAUUCGCUCUGACCACAAAGGAGUAUCCAUAUACGAGCAAUGCAACAGAGAUGAAUGCCUUGGACUUCUUUCCGAUGCUGGCGUCGGAAUCGGAGCAGACCGAAAUGGACAUUGACUUCUUUGUGGAAACCACCAAAAAGCCAUAAGUGUAGGGGAAUAAGUGAGACUUUCCUGCGCAGCCCUAAGUUAUAAAUCGUUUCAAAUGAGAUUAAAAUGGGUUUUUGAGCGAGACUGCCAAUUAGCCCAUCAGAUAUUUUAUUAAUUUUCGUCGUGGUUUGAGGUUUCAAGGGGUUCAUAAUGUUGAUUUAGAGCGUACUGAAGAAAGCUUUGAAUAAAUGUUUUAAGAUAAAGACCUCUAUUCUGCCAUUAAAGAUAAUGAUACAAUGUAAAAAAAAAUGCAUCCUAAAAGUAAAUCGAGAAAAAUCUCUAAAAUACUUACCAAACAUUUCUUGACUAUUAUUAUUUCUUUAUCUUAAUUCGCAGAAUAGAGGCUAAUAUUUGUUGAAUCAACAAAAGAAA